UCAAGCUACUUGAGGGGUACAGAGACCCAGAUUCCAACUGCUGCCAUGGCAUGCCCCCUGGAGAAGGCUCUGGAUGUGAUGGUGUCCACCUUCCACAAGUAUUCAGCCAAGGAAGGUGACAAGUUCAAACUCAACAAGUCAGAGCUAAAGGAGCUGCUGACCCGGGAGCUGCCCAGCUUUUUGGGGAAAAGGACAGAUGAAGCUGCGUUCCAGAAGCUUAUGAGCAACUUGGACAGCAACAGGGACAACGAGGUAGACUUCCAGGAGUACUGUGUCUUCCUGUCCUGCAUCGCCAUGAUGUGUAACGAGUUUUUUGAAGGCUUCCCUGAUAAGCAGCCCCGGAAGAAAUGAAGGCUCCUCAGAUGUGGGUCAGGGGGGCCCUGUCAGCCGGGGCUUCCCUCUUGCAGGGUGGGGCACAGUGCCUUAACCUGGCUCCUACACAUGUGUACAUGAUGUUGAGCAAGUUCAAUAAAGAUUCUUAGAAG